ACAUAUGAAAACCCCCCCUCUUCCAUUUCUCCACGUUACACGUCCACACCACAACCAAAACUCGUAAGAAAAAUUUCCAGGUGUUUUCUUGGGGGCCUUUAUUUUUUCUUAAAAAAAAUUUUCGUUUGGAAAUUUGUGAUAUGGGAAUUGAACUACAUCACCUUAAUGGGAUUUCUGGCGGCUGGGGAGUGGUGGCGAAGCCUUGUGACACUUGUAAAGCUGCGGCGGCGGCUGUGUUCUGCCGCGUGGACUCGGCGUUUCUUUGCCUGAACUGCGACGCGAGGAUUCAUUGCGUCAACAAGCAUGCACGUGUGUGGAUGUGCGAGGUGUGUGAGCAGGCACCUGCUGCCGUCACGUGCAAGGCUGACGCGGCGGCGCUCUGCGUCACGUGCGAUAACGAUAUCCAUUCGGCGAACCCUUUGGCGAGGCGCCAUGAGAGAAACCCGGUGGAGCCGUUCUUCGACUCAGCGGAUUCGAUUGUCAAGUCUUCCGGUUUGAACUUCUUGGGGCCAAACGGAAACCGGAAUUCGGAGUUCAGUGGCGCGUGUCAACAACCGGAAGAAGGAGGUGUGGAGAGUGGCGCGUGGUUAAUGCCACCGAGUUCGAAACUAAGUUUGGAAAAUACAAACGAAAUGAAAUCCGGGGAUCUGUUUUUCUCCGAAAUGGAUCCGUUUCUCGAUUUUGAGUACCCGAAUUCGUAUCCGAAUCACAGUGCGGGUAUGGAUAGUGUCGUCCCGGUUCAAACUUCGAAAACUCCUCAGAUUCAAGUGAUGAACAAUGAAAAUUGUUUCGAUAUCGAUUUCUGCCGAUCCAAACUCACUUCACUCAGUUACCAAACUCAAUCUCUUAGUCAAAGUGUUUCGUCUUCCGAUACUGGAGUGGUUCCGGACGGGAAUUCAAUGUCCGAUAUAUCGUAUCCAUUCGGCCGAAACAUUGCCGGACCUGGUCCGAACGUGCCGGUUUCGGGUACCGGUACAACCCAAGUAACUCAACUCUGUGGACUUGACCGUGAAGCUCGGGUUCUGCGUUACAGAGAGAAGAGAAAAAACCGGAAAUUCGAAAAGACGAUUCGGUAUCAUUCACGUAAAGCUUACGCCGAAACUAGGCCAAGAAUCAAAGGCCGGUUUGCGAAACGGACGGAGGUGGAAUCCGAAGUUGACCACCUCUACGUUUCGGCAGCUGCUUACAUGGCCGAUAACCAAUACGGCGUCGUUCCGACGUUCUGAGGAAAAGCUGAAGAGUUAGUAUUAUUACUCUCCAAGUCCUAUCAUCAUCAUCCGGUACUUCUUGUCUUAUAGGUUUAACCAUAUAACUAGAAUAAUCGGACGGUUGGUGUUAGUCGUAAGAAAUGUUUUUGUGUAAAUUAGGGUAAUCUGUGGAGUAUUAGCCGUUGAUGAUGAUUGAUUGAUUAUCUUUACGCUUUCUCUACGAUCUCUAUCUCCAAAAAGCCAAUGUACUUUUCCUAAGGAGGGGCUUUUUUGUAACUUCCUUUUCUUUAUGUUCAGUAAAAUUUCUUCUUCUCUCCAAA